AUGUCUAAGGCCACAGUGAACAAGCUGCACUGGCGUUCCAAGGUGCAGGAGAGUUUUGUUCCCCUGGGAGGUGGGUCUGGGGAGCUAGGUGUGGCCAUCGGGGGCGGGGCUGACUACGGAGAGUUCCCAUUCGUCACAGCAGCACCGGGAGGCGGGGCCACAGUGGGUGACGUCAUACUGGAGAUCGGGGGUACGCCCGUCCUGGGCAUGACACUAGGAGACGUGAGAGGGGUCCUCAACUCAUGCCCCCAUCCCAUACGCAUUAAAACUGUCUCGCCAGGCUCUACUCUGUGUAAGGACCUGAGGCUGUACCUGAGCAAGUGUUUCACUCCGGGAUCCAUGGACAGCCAACUCCAGCAGGUGAUCAGGGAGAACCUGUACCUCAGAGCCGUCCCCUGUACGACCAGACAGCCUCGCGACGGGGAGAUAUCAGGGGUGGAUUACAACUUCGUCUCCAUAGAAGAGUUCUUUUCCCUGGAAGAGUCUGGAGCCCUGCUGGAGAGUGGCAAGUUCAAGGGAAACUACUACGGGACGCCCCGCCCAGUCCACAUCGGCCCAGAGAGCCCACCAAUCACGUACCAGGAACACCGGAACCUGCUCCGGAACUUCAGGACACGCAGCAAGUCGCUAAGCAACCUAGAGAAGGCUGUAGAGGAGGGCGAGAACAGUGAGGAAGAUUCUGGACUGUCAGGAGGUUCAGUAGGCAUCAGCAGUGCCCCGCCCACAGCGCUAGCUCUCAGCCAAUCCUGGGACUCAAGGGACGGCGUGGGAGAAGAGAAUGGAGGGAGUAGCAUCGCCACACGAGGUGGAGGGGCACUGCCCGAGAAUUGGGAGCUGGCAUUCAGCGACUCAGGAGAGCCUUACUACAUAGAUCACAUCUCUAAGACCACAAGCUGGCUGGACCCCAGAGCUCAGAGCAGGGAGAUCCUCAGCAAAACAGAGUUGCCUGCGUUCACGGACCAGCCGGCAGAGCUGAAGGGCUAUUCCAUCCACACCCGUCUGUCUAAAGGGCCGCGAGGGUUCGGCUUCAACAUAGUGGGAGGAAGCAAACAGAGAGAGUUUCUCCAGGUAUACAGCGUUACACCCGGAGGACCACCCGCCCUCAGCACAGCUGAUAUCCUGGUCUACAUCAAUGACAGCUGUGUCCUGGGUCUGUCUCAUAAAGAGGUGGUAGAGAUGUUGAAGUCUGUCCCCAUGGGUCACAGUGUGGACGUUGUGUUACGGAGAGGCUAUCCCAUGCUCUACAACCCAGACGGCUGUCCCAAACAACCCCUGACUCCCUCCGCCUCCUCCUCUCCUCUGGAACCCCUCAGCGCUGCAGCCACCCCUCCCUCCACAGCUACCGCUCAGCCCCUCUCCACCCCCGGUCCUGGCCCUGCCGAGCCACCCCAACCUCCCGGCCUGGCUAACCUGAACCGUACCCUGUCUCAUCACAACGGAAACUAUCUCAGAGUGGCGGGAAACUCAGGGUCGGGGCUGGACGCUAACGGGAAUGCGGCAGACCUGUUGUCGGCUCCCCCCUCCUACCCGCUGUCUAAUGGAAUCCUUAGCUCUUCCGCCAGCUCAGCCUGUGCCCCCUCCUCCUCUCACAGUAGGGGCAUCCCCCCUCCUCCCCCGCCCGAACGAACCUCCGCCUCCGCCAGCCAGAGUGACUCAGAGGAAGGAGCCUCGGGUGGAGCGACACAGAGAUGGUCUCUGAUGCGCUACAACGCGAACUCCCUCCCCACCCCCUCCUCCAUACUCCACCACCAGAGUGACUUCACCACCUCCACCCUGCCCAUCUCCGUCUCCAAUCUGCCCCUGUCCCAGCCGGACGUGUGCACCGCCACGACCCCUGGAGCCCCCUGCCAACGGCCCCCCAUGCCCCAGACCUCCCUCAUGCUCCCCUCGCCCACGGACGUCCCCCCUUGCGGCUUCAACGGCUGCCCAGCCAACGCCCAACCCCAUGGAGGCCACAGCGCGCCCAGUGAGGGAGUACCUGGUGGGGCUGGAGGAGGGGAGCUGGUCCCUGUGCCCCUAGGGAGGAGUGAGGGGGGUGGGAUGGGGUUCAGUGUGACGGCGGGGGGGCAGGGGGGGCAGCUGGCCCUGGUGAAGAGGGUCUGGGACAGAAGGCAGUGCUCCUCCCUGCAGCCAGGGGAUGCUAUAGUCAAGAUCAACGGCGCUGACGUGCAGAGUCUCAGCUUCGCUCAGGUCCAGAGGGUUCUCCAGAAACACACCAGGCAGGGAGAAGUAGUGCUGCUGGUUUACAGAGGAGGGUCGCUCUUCUCUCCUGUCUCCCCUAACCUCUACAAGCCCCUCCCCUCUCCCCUGGGCCCCUCCUCCUCCCAUGGCCUCCCAUCUGACCUGCCUGCCUCCUCCUCCACCUCAGAUGCCUUGGUGCCCCUGCACCUCCCUCACAUCCCCCAUCUCCCCCCCAGCCACAGUGACCUCUCCCCAGCCUCGCCCUCCACAGAUCUCCCCUCCCUGGUCCAGAGCACAAGCUUUCUGGACUCAGUCCCUGUAACUCUCACCCUGGAACCCAGAGACUGGGUUGGGGUGGAGAACGGUGUUGGGGCCCCGGGUGUGUUGAGGCCCCCUGGAGGUUGGGGAGGAGGAGCAGGACUGGGGGCUGUGGCCAAGGGCCAGGUGGACAGACGAGGGGGAGGGGUCAGGGGACAGGAGGUGGAGCUACGGAGACGGCCGGGGGAGGGGUUUGGCUUCAUCAUCGCCUCAAAGGACCUGGCCAAUGGGGCCUCGUCCAUGCUGUCCCACAGGUUUGUGACAGUGCGUGGGGGCAGCCCUGCGGCCCGGUCAGGUCAGAUCCAGCCGGGUGACCAGCUAGAGGCAGUGGAGGGACGGUCCGUUGUCACCCUGCCUCACAGAGACCUGGCACAGAUACUGAGACGUGCUGGAAACACACUCAGACUCACCAUCAUACCAAGACUUAACCCCAACUCCUCUAGUAUGUCAGAAGGCCCAGAGUUAGACGCUGGUGGCAGGACAAGGAAAGGCCACAGAGGGAGGCCCAAGCAGCAGGACCAGCGUUACUAUAGUGUAGACCUAGAGAGAGGUCCUACAGGUUUUGGCUUCAGUCUGCGGGGGGGCAGUGAGUACAACAUGGGCCUGUAUGUCCUGGGACUGAUGGAGGGAGGACCUGCCUCACGCAGCCACAAGAUACAGGUGAGUGACCAGCUGGUGGAGAUAAAUGGUGACAGUACAACAGGAAUGACCCACAGCCAGGCCGUAGAGCAGAUAAGAAGAGGAGGACAUCGUAUACAUCUGGUACUGAAGAAAGGAAACGGAUACGUCCCAGACUAUGACCAUGAUCCCAGAGCAGUCUCCCCCUCCUCCUAUCUCUACCCAGAGGAGCCGGGUGUGGCUGCAGUAGAUAAAACACGCUCUCUGCCAACGAAGAGCGGAAGGGUGGAUAGAGGAGGAGGACAGAGGGAGAGGGAGAAGAGAAGGAGGCAGAGGAAGGGAGGUAGUCUGGUGGAAAGGAGUAGCAGAGGAGGACGAGGUACUCCUGACACAGACCUGGAUUGUCCCGAGGAGGAGGAGGAGAAGGAGGAGGAGGAGAGUCAGGUCAUCAGCCACAGAGGUCAGAAGUCAGAGGAUAAGGACAACGGAAAAUGUACCCAGAGUUUACCCAAGAACGUACAAAGGAACUCAGACAGACAGGAGGAGGUAGUGGAGACAGUGCCGGAGGUGAGGCACAGCAGGGUCAAACAGAGGUCAAAACAGUUGAGGAGCAGGACAACACAAAGUGAGAGGAGAGAGAGGGUAGAGGAAAUAGAGGAGCUGGACAUACACAUACUUCCCUCAGCCAGUAAAACACAGGAGAAGGUGGGAGGGAGGGAAGGUGGGAGGAGGAAGAGGGAGGGACAAAGGGAGAAAGAGAGGGAGAGGAAGGCUGAGAUGGAGGUAAAGACAAGGGCUGCCGGACCUGUGGUGGAGGAUUCUGGGCCGGAAAAAAGGGACAGACCCCCAGAGAAAGAGAGAGAGCGAGCUCCUUUCUCCUUCCUCAUGCCACUGCAGGAUGGAGACGCUGAACUGUCUAAUGCAGAGUCAGGGGCCUCAGGAGCCUCCGGGGCCAGCUUCUCUGACCAGGUCAGUGUGUCUGCUGCCAGUGUCUCUGGAUCCACCGCCGGGGCCCCACCUGGGUGGGGAGAACCCAGAGAACUGAGAGGGGACCCAGGAAGCACCCAGUCAUGGUGUCGGGCCACCCAUGCAUCCCACAACCCGGGCCCCUGGAGAAGUACACAGUCACGGGGGCCCACCUACGCCGGCCCCGGGCCCUGGAUUAAACCCAGCCAGCAGAAACUGACUCAGGUGUUGGUGGGACACAGGCUGAGAGGAGGUCUUGACCUGUAGAUGAGAGGAAGAGAUGGACAACUGACUGUUCCUGUGGUGCUGAAUAACAGAAGGAGUGUUGUGGUCUUUCUGAUAACUUCCCCAAAAGCAGAAAUUCUGGUUGGAGGAUUUCCUGUUAUUCCCUCAUAAUUCCAGGGAUCCAACCUAUCGUGGUCCUGACUGGUUUGACUGGCAGCUCCUCCAACCUAUCGUGGUCCUGACUGGUUUGACUGGCAGCUCCUCCAACCUAUCGUGGUCCUGACUGGUUUGACUGGCAGCUCCUCCAACCUAUCGUGGUCCUGACUGGUUUGACUGGCAGCUCUUCCAACCUAUCGUGGUCCUGACUGGUUUGACUGGCAGCUCCUCCAACCUAUCGUGGUCCUGACUGGUUUGACUGGAAAACUACUCCAACCUAUCGUGGUCCUGACUGGUUUGACUGGAAAACUACUCCAACCUAUCGUGGUCCUGACUGGUUUGACUGGCAGCUCCUCCAACCUAUCGUGGUCCUGACUGGUUUGACUGGCAGCUCCUUCAACCUAUCGUGGUCCUGACUGGUUUGACUGGCAAGCUACUCCAACCUAUCGUGGUCCUGACUGGUUUGACUGGCAAGCUACUCCAACCUAUCGUGGUCCUGACUGGUUUGACUGGAAAACUACUCCAACCUAUCGUGGUCCUGACUGGUUUGACUGGCAGCUACUCCAACCUAUCGUGGUCCUGACUGGUUUGACUGGCAAGCUACUCCAACCUAUCGUGCAUUAGAGCCUAGGACAACAACAAGACAGGACACUCCCAUGUCCACAGCACCCCAGAUCCCCGUUAAGCCUUCUCUCGACUAGGACACUCCCCCUGUCCACAGCACCCGAAACCCCCGUUAAGCCAUCUCUCGACUAGGUCUCACCAUCCAUGCCCAUAAGUCUACCCAAUACCACUGCCUAUCUAUCUACAGUUAGUCCGCCAUCACCCUUGAUUGGUUUCAUUGGAUCUGCGGUCUAUAUCAUCACGAGUGGUAUCAUCUUCAACGUAAUCAUUGUCAUCACAAAUGUUUUAUGAUGCAAAUGCAAGGGGCAACAACAUCAACAAUUGCAUAUAUGGAGUGUUUUAGCGCCACCUAGAGGCUGUAGUGGUGUACUAUAGAUCGAAAGAGAGCGAAGCCACAACUACAGGACAUUAUAAUAUAUUAUUUUCUUAUUUGUUUCUAUUAUAUAAUUUUAGCGUGCUAUUUUAUUUUGAUAGCAUUUACAGAGACUAAGAUAAAUGACCCACGAGAGAAAUGAUUUGCCUCCUGCUUGCUUGCUUGGCCUGGAUUUUAAACUCUCCUUGAAGUCUUUCUGAUACACUAUUUUAUAGUUGUUAUAGAUGUCUGGGGGACAGUAAUUAUACUGUUAUAUAAAGUUUAUAUACUGUAAGUAUAUUUACUAUUAUAUAUAUAUAUAUAAUGACUAGUGAUCUUAUGUCUCUACAGAUCUCUACUGGUGCCUUCAUGUCUCUAGCCAAGCCGGUGUUUUACUAAAUAAAGUAUAGAGUGUGCGUCUGCACCCUUUUCCUUAUAUUACAUGCAUUCGUUUUGCAGGGACGCAGCCAUUGUCACAUAACUGAACGGAUACAUCUAGAAGCAGCAAAGACUCAAUGACUUUGAUACCAGUAAAAUACUAAAACGCGGUCGGUGAAUUGAAGAAGUGAAUCAAUGUCGUAACAAAGUGCCUCAUAGUCAAUUUUCCUUUAGAAACACUACUUUCCUUUAAAAACUACGCCUAAAGCCAUGUAGUAUCUAGAGUGUAUUGGUACACCUUGCAUUAUGGGUAAUGUAGUACUACAUAGACUAUACUACACAACACAGAGAUGUCCUGUCAGAACUAGCGAGGUGGCCCUUGUCUACUAGUCUCUGAUGCUAAUCCAUAGCGAGGUGGCCCUUGUCUACUAGUCUCUGAUGCUAAUCCAUAGCGAGGUGGCCCUUGUCUACUAGUCUCUGAUGCUAAUCCAUAGCGAGGUGGCCCUUGUCUACUAGUCUCUGAUGCUAAUCCAUAGCGAGGUGGCCCUUGUCUACUAGUCUCUAAUGCUAAUCCAUAGCGAGGUGGCCCUUGUCUACUAGUCUCUAAUACUAAUGCAUAGUGAGGUGGCCCUUGUCUACUAGUCUCUAAUGCUAAUCCAUAGCGAGGUGGCCCUUGUCUACUAGUCUCUAAUGCUAAUCCAUAGCGAGGUGGCCCUUGUCUACUAGUCUCUGAUGCUAAUCCAUAGCGAGGUGGCCCUUGUCUACUAGUCUCUGAUGCUAAUCCAUAGCGAGGUGGCCCUUGUCU